CAGGAGAUUCCCCCCCAAAACGAAAGGCGGCGUCGCUCAGGAAAGCUUAUGGUAUAAUCUAAUAAGAUGAUUUUCCUAUGCGUCCGGGACCCACAACUCCCAAGCAUAUUUGUGAGCUGCCAAUGAAGUGAUUUUUUGUUCGAAGGAGGUUCAUGAAAUCCCCAAGAUGGUGACAAAGGCGGUUUGUGUCGUCGUCUGUCUCACAGCUCUAGCUUGUGUGGUAGCAGAGGAGGGAAGACUGGCUCACCACAGCCCUGUAAAUGCUUCAGCGGUCAGUCACUUUGAAUCUUCUAAGCAGCAAUCAACAGCAAACACAACGGAGCCAGGUCUUACAGGAGUUUUAUACAAAACUAGAAAACACAAUGGAACUCAUAAUAGUCAAAGUCAAGAUGAGCAUUUAGUAUUACCUCAUAAUUUACAAAUUAUUCAUAAAACAAGCACGACUACAAAAGGGCCAGAGUCAUUUCCAAAAGAGGAGUUUGAUUUGACACUGUCAGAUUUCACGAAAAAGCCAAAUGUAACUGACAAAACAAACCAGAUGGUUUUAUUAUUAGGUGAAACCUUGAGCCGUGAAGUGGAAGGGCCGCAGAAACCAGCCAUCAAGGUCACAGAUGUAGAUGCAACAUUACCAAACCCAGCCCAAGUCUUUGGAGAACCGAAGGCAACGACAUUUGUAAGUAUAGAGCUACCAAGGCAACAGCAAAGAAUUAUAGAACAAAGAAUGACAAAGCCAGUGAUAGACCACCAGAGAGUUGUGGAGCAAGAAACUCAAGAGUUAAAGGUCUUUUCGGGGCAAUUGAAAAACACUUCAGGUGUUUCUAGAAAAGAAGUAUUUCAAGAACUUCCAAAAAUAUCCGAGCUCCCUAAUCCAGUAGAGUACCACCACUUGCAGCAAGCUGACCAAGUUACUCAUCACACACCUAAGCAGCAGACCGUACAACCCGCUGAACAUACUACGAGUCCACCGAGCAGAGUCCCAAUCUUUGAUUUUGCCAAGUUCCCGAGGCUGGAUCACCCGAAGACUCAACGGCUACAAAUAAAAAGACUGUCAAAUAGAAACAUUUCCUUACCACUGACACAAUCGGAUGAAUCAUCACCUCAAAUGAAAAAUCGCAGUAGUUUUUCUCGCACUUCUCAACCAAUCACAUUCCAUGUGAAAGGAAGAAGUCGCAGUCAGGUCCAGCAUCCACAGAGAAAUAGAAAUGCUCACCUUCAGAGAAUUCCAUUCAGAGGUAUCGCGAGAUCUCGCCCUUUUGUUCAUUACGCUCGACCCAGUCACUUGCAUCAGGAUCAAAAUACGACAGACAGUGGAAUGUCUGGGUUAAUUCAUUCACUAAAAAGUCGUGUUAGGCUUAAUGACAGCGAUGAAUGGGUCCCUAUAAAAAGACCAGAUCAGGUUAGCACGCUGAAGACAUUACAACUGGAGUUUCCAUCAGCUCCAGAAACUCAGUUAUCCACCACUGAUCCAAAUCAAAGCACAGGUGGUAACAUUACAAUUUCUUUAGAUCAUGCUAGGGAGCUGUUUACCAGGGCUCAAGAAAGGUACAAAAAUCUCUCAGCAGAAAGGCCUCAGGUGAAAGGAAAUGGCAGUGUGAGCAACUUUGAAUAUACAGCAACAGAUCCUGACCAGCAAUAUUCCUCGUCUUACUCACAAAUCAGGCAUAGUGAUGGAAAUGUAUAUUUUGCAGAUAUUGAUUCAUCCUCCACAGCCCCUUUAGUUACAAAUGAUUCUUCACCAUCCGUUACUGAAAUCCCCAUUUCUUUAAGUACUGACCAUCAAACAACAACUAUUCCUACAUCAUUGAAGCCAUUAAUUGUUUCGUCUGAACUAAGCCAAGCACAGUCAACACAGGAUUUUGGCAUCACUGCACCUAAAUCUAAUAUUUCUUUAAUUGACAAUGAAAGUAAUUUGCCAGAGAAAUAUGACUAUACUGCGGAUUUCAAGUCAGAUGCUUCAACAGCAGAUCCCAGUGAUGUUUUGUCAGAGGAAGAUGCUGAUAUCACAAAAUAUAAUUCAUCUGUUUCAGACACAGAUAACACUGGUGUUAUACCUAUCACAAAACAAGAUGAUAUCACUAAGGCAGAGCCAAUUCAGCUUCAUGCUGAUAGUGGCAGUAUCUUAUCCAAACCUGCUUUGCCUGUACCUGUAAGUGGAACUCCUCCAUUUCAGUCAACUCUUUUCCCAUCUUUGCAAAACUUCAAUACUUUUUAGAAAUGGAAAUUCAAACCCCCAGCAGCAAAAUGCAUUUCAGUAUCAACCAAGCUUAGCUACUGCCAACACAGGAACUCAAACCCCAAACUUAUCAAACUUAUUUGGUUUAGGAAGUUUGCUCAGUACAGGGGGAUUAAGUAGCAAUCUUGGGACUCUAGGUAGUAUUUCAUUAGGACAGAGUUUUGGCAACCUAAACACUAAUGCAAAUCAACCUACCCAGCAGACUGGCACAGGAGUUGGAGGUUCAGGGUACUUAUCCCUACUCUCGGGACUCGGUGGACUUGGCUUAGGUCAGCUAGGUGGGUCAUCGUCGCCCGAGUUGUCUUUGCCGAGCCUCAGUCAAGACGGUUCUAGUCAACAGCCAAACGCAGGACUGGGCUUACUUCCUGGACUGUCAUCGUUAAAUCUUGGAGGAUUAGGGAGCUUUGGAAGCCUGGGUAGUUUAGGAAAUUCAGGCUCUAUCCCAAACUUGCCCAGUAUUGGGAAUAUAAUGGGAACUUCUGGAAGCCCUCUAGAUAGUUUAGCAGGAUUAGGCGGAUUUGGGCUUACAAGAAGUGGAAUAAGCAGUCUUCAAACCCCGGUGGCAGGAAGCGGUAUCACACCAAUAUUUGGAAAACCUAGCAUUCCUGGAGGACUGUCGUCUGUCAUAAAUCAACCAGCAUCACUAUUAGGAGACACUCCCAGCGUAGUUCCUAAAGGAAGUGACGUCGCAUCAGAACCCAUAGCUGCUGCUGGACCACCUCCGGUCUUGUCAUCAGUUGAUGCCAAUGUUCCAGCUUCGUCCCCGAGCAUAGAGACAAUAACAAAAUAAAAUUCUAUGUUAAACUGGAAUACUUUAGCUUUAAUAGAUAAUAAACAACUUUCUAGU